AUGGACUCUUUUGAGUAUGGGAGAAGGAUUACAGCUUACAACAGAAUUUUGUUGGUUUACUUGGUUGUACCCGCCGAUGUUAACAAAGAUAGAAAUUUAAAUGACCCAAAACCUAUCUUUUUCUUUGGUUUUUCAUCUUCACUGGACAUAUGGGAGGAGAGCAAUCGCAGACGUAUGCAGUCUAUUUUACCAACAAUAGUUGGAGCUGGACUUGCUGGCUUGGCAGUAGCAAGGCAAAUUUUAUAUUUUGGUUUCAAGGAAACCGAUUCCAGGAUUGAAAUGAUCUUUAACAAAAUGCUUGACAAACUUAAUGAACUGAGAAAAAUAAUGGAUGGAUUUGCUAAUCAUAUUUCUCUGGGAUCAGUUCUGGGAAAGGUCCGACAGUUGUAUACUGUGGCUAGAAGUCCGGAGGAGAGGCAACUUUUGGAGUGGCAUCUUGCUAAUUUAGAAUAUGCAAAUUCAGGAUGUCUUUCUGACUUGUUAGCUGCCUACUGGGACCAGGAUAAUCCUUAUGAGAUGGGUGGAGACCAUUGUUUUCUUUCUGGAGGGAACUGGAGAUUGGUAAAGGCAUUAUCUGAUGGGGUUCCCAUCAUCUAUGGGAAAAGAGUUUAUGCUAUUAAAUAUGGUGUUGAAGGAGUUGAGGUUGUUGCUGGUAAUCAAGCAUUCCAAGCAGAUAUGGUUCUUUGCACUGUGCCUCUUGGAGUCUUAAAGAGAAAGACCAUUAGAUUUGAACCGGAGUUACCUCAAAGAAAGCUAGCUGCUAUUAACAGAUUGGGUUUUGGGCUCCUGAAUAAAGUUGCCAUGAUUUUCCCUCAUGUUUUCUGGGGAGAAGAGCUAGACACGUUUCGAUGUCUAAAUGAAACUAGUGAUAACCGUGGAGAGUUCUUUUUAUUCUACAGCUACCAUACCGUUUCUGGAGGUCCGGUGUUGAUUGCCCUGGUGGCUGGUGAAGCUGCACGAACAUUUGAACACACAGACCCUUCCCUCGCGUAUUUAUGGUCCAAAAGGGAUUAUGAUAUUCUUGCAGAAAGUAUAGGCAAUAGGUUGUUUUUUGCUGGUGAAGCCACAACACUGCAAUAUCCGGCCACCAUGCAUGGUGCCUAUUUGAGUGGGUUAAGGGAUGCUUCACGUAUUCUCUGUGCUACAAGAGGUCACCAAAAUUACUUUAGGAGAUUUGCACAGCGGAAUUUUGGACCAAACAAUGAUCAUUUGGCCAGUCUAUUAAAAUGGCCUGAUCUAGUAUGUGGGAAGUUCUCAUUUGUGUUCAAUCCGUUAACAGAGGACCCUAAAUCAUUGGGACUCUUGAGAAUUACUUUUGAUAAUUGUAAAGAUGAUAUGAGAAAUGUGCUGGAAAAAAGCUGUGACCCUUUAUCAAAUCAACCAUUACAGCUGCACACGACGUUAUCUCAUGAACAAGCACAUGAGCUGCAGAUGGUAACUGGAGAAGAGGAAAGUAAAUGGGUUUAUCUGAUAAAAAAUAUUGGAUCAAAGCUUAUGGGAGCUAAUGCUGUUGGAAUCACGUAUAACACCUUGGUUACUAGCAUAUCCAAUGCAAGAAGAGGUAGAGGGGGCAGGUGUCAUAUAUCUGCUCCGUUGCUAAAUAGUAGUGCUCCAUUAGUGGAAAGAAUUUAA